CAGUAAACGGAACUGACUCUCUCUUCCUCACUCAAUCGCAUUUUGCCGCCUCCAAUGGCGUCCAUAUCCAUAAGCUUCAGUCCGUACGCUCUGGCUCGCCCUAGGGUUCGAAACCCUGGCAGAGCUUCACCCAAGAAGCACCAACACCGCAACACUCGGAAACUUAACCCUAGCCGCCCUCAGCUGAAGGUCGGAACCAAUGGCAAAGAGUGGUCUUCCACGGGAGUCGAAGCCACCACCUACACUCGCUUGCCUCCAAAGGAGGACUUUUCUUUGCCCUCCUUCGAUUCCUCUUCGUAUGAUUUGUCGUCCGAAGUGAAGCUCUCCGAUUCGGGCGUGGCAACGGAGAUUGAUAACGAUAUUGUCCUCUUAAGCGACGAUGAAGGAGAAGAAGAAGACGAUAAUGGUGUGGAUGAUAAUUUGGGGCUGAAUUAUGGGAAAUUUGAAAUCUUUGAGGGUAAUUAUGAUUCUGAAAUGGAGGAUGAAGAUUUUGAUAGCGAUGAAGAUGAAGAAGAAGUAAAGUAUGGCAAGCCUGCAGAUAUUUUUGAGGGUCAAGCUGUGAACUUUACUGACAAUGAUGGUGAUUUAGAGGAAGAGGAAGUGAAGGAGAAGGGAGUACCGGCGGUAAUGCGGUGUUUCGACCGCGCAAAGAUAUAUGUGAAGGCAGGGAAUGGUGGUAAUGGGGUGGUGGCUUUCCGGCGAGAGAAGUAUGUGCCAUUGGGUGGUCCGUCUGGCGGUGACGGUGGACGUGGUGGCAAUGUGUAUAUUGAGGUCGACGGGUCGAUGAAUUCGCUGUUGCCGUUCCGAAAUAGUGUGCAUUUCCGGGCCGGGAGAGGGAGUCAUGGGCAGGGGAGGAUGCAGGCAGGGGCUAAGGGAGAGGAUGUGGUGGUGAAGGUGGCACCGGGAACGGUGAUUAGAGAGGCAGGUAAAGACGAGGUGCUUUUGGAGUUAUUGCAUCCGGGACAGCGAGCUUUGGUGUUGCCUGGAGGGAGAGGUGGGAGAGGGAAUGCCUCGUUUAAGUCAGGAACAAAUAAGGUUCCAAGGAUUGCUGAGAAUGGUGAAGAAGGACCUGAAAUGUGGUUGGAGCUGGAGCUAAAACUUGUUGCAGAUGUUGGAAUAGUUGGUGCACCAAAUGCAGGGAAAAGCACAUUCCUGAGUGUGAUAAGUGCUGCCAAGCCAGCAAUAGCAAAUUACCCUUUCACAACUUUACUUCCUAAUCUGGGUGUAGUUUCUUUUGACUAUGAUUCUACAAUGGUCGUAGCAGAUCUGCCAGGUUUACUUGAAGGAGCACACAGGGGAUUUGGUUUAGGUCAUGAGUUCCUACGGCACACAGAAAGGUGUUCUGCCCUGGUACAUGUUGUUGAUGGCUCAUCACCACAGCCAGAAUUUGAGUUUGAUGCAGUUCGUCUAGAACUGGAAAUGUUUAAUCCUGAACUUUCAGAAAAGCCUUACGUUGUUGCUUUUAACAAAAUGGACCUUCCAGAGGCACGUAAAAACUGGCCUUCUUUCAAGAGAAAACUACAAGCUCAAGGGAUUGAACCUUUUUGCAUGAGUGCUGUGCAAAGGGAUGGUACGUAUGAUAUGAUAUGUGCUGCCUAUGAGCUUCUAAGAGAAAAUAAAGUUGCCAACAAAGAGUUUAAAGAUGAAGAUCCCAUCCAUUUGAACCAUGUAGCGGAUAUGGUGCAUAAGCAGCGAACUGCCUCUAUCAAUGACUUUGAGAUCUCUCAUGACAGCAAUACCAAUACUUGGCAUGUUGUGGGAUCUGGAUUGCAACGUUUUGUUCAGAUGACAAACUGGCGAUAUGUAGACUCUGAAAGAAGGUUCCAACACGUUCUUGAGGCUUGUGGUGUAUACAAGUCUCUGAUGAAACUUGGUGUCAAGGAAGGUGACACGGUGAUUGUUGGAGAGAUGGAGAUGGUGUGGCAUGAUUCCUACGACAAUUCUGGUUUAUCAAGUAUGAAGGGAUCUACAGCUUCAAUCAAAUGGGCACAAUGGAAGUGAUCUCCAAAUUUAGGCCUAUGCUAAUUGUAAUUGAUAGGUGAAUUCACAGCUACAGGUACAAAUUGAUACCAGUACAUAUACACUGAAUGCUUCCAGUUCUUUACCGAAAAACACAAUGUGCGAAUUGUGGAAAUACGUCGUGGAAGUGACUAAGAAAGAAAGAGAAGCAUAAAAGCAUUAAUAGGAUCAUCAACAAGUUUGCUCAUCCAUAGUGCUAUAAAAGGUCAGCAUUUGAAGCUGAAGAUUUAAGUUGAUCGUUUUUACUGCAUAUUGUAGUAAAACCAGGAACAGUGGCUCACAGGAAAAUGAAAUUGGACAUCCAAUCAGUUGUAGACUCAAAUGUUGAAGCUGGGUUUGAGCAAGAAGAUGCAUUUACUGUUACAUUUCACUUGUUUCUCGUAGCCAACUCUUAUACCAAAUUAAUAUAUCUUUGUAACGAAAUGGUGGAUUUAAUUAUCAUAAUCUACCUGAGUAAUGCAGUACAAAAAUGAUUCCAAUUCUAA